AGACCGGGGUAGCGUCGGCUUUGGGGUACAUUCGGCAAUCGCGUUUUCGGUAUGAAGGAACAAGCUGCAUUGACCAUAAAAUAGCGAACGCUUACCCACCACUUAUAAAAAAUAUCGAUUUGUAGUCUCACAUCUCUCUCUAUGCAUUCGACAAAUUUACAUGUGCUUUUGUGUUUUCGGGAGUGCUGAUAGUGUUUUCGACUCUAAAAUAAAAGUGUAUUAAACUUUUUGUGUUUCACUUGUUUUUUUAAACUUUGAUCAAAACUAAAAGAUUUAUAUAGAUAGUGAAAAAUGGUUCGAAAUUAUAAGCGUAAAACACAAUCGAAUAUUGACGAAAGCAAGAUGAGAAAGGCAGUUGCAGAUGUCUUAAACGGUGUAGAAACGCCAACGUCUGCAGGUAAAAAAUAUAAUUUAAAACGACAAACCAUCGAAUCCCGAGUAAAGAAACAAGAUCCUUUAGCCGGUCACACGGCUGGAGAUGCUAUUUACCAGUCAAAAUUUACCUUGAGACAAGUUUUUACGAUGAAGGAAGAAAUCGAACUAGUGGACUACAUUAAACAGUGUUGUUAUUAUCAAUAUGGGUUAUCAUAUAAAAGUUUUCAGAAGUUGGCAUACCAAUACGCUGUCGCUAACGGCAAAGACUUUCCUGAAAAAUGGAAUGUUCAAAAAGAAGCUGGGGAGGAUUGGCUAUAUGGUUUUAUGAAACGGAAUUCGAGCCUAACUCUUCGUAAGCCAGAGCGAACUAGUUUAGCAAGACUAAAAGGUUUCUCAAAAAAAGCUGUCGACGAAUUUUAUUUAAACUUAAAAAAACUUUAUGAGGAGUAUUCAUUUCAACCAAAUGAUAUAUACAAUUUGGAUGAAACUGGUAUUACGACCGUCGUUGAUUCGCCAAAGAUAAUUGCAACGAAGGGUCAACGACAAGUUGGGCAAGCUGUUUCAGCUGAGAGAGGCAGUUUGGUCACCCUUGUAGGAAUAAUCAACGCCAGUGGAAAUCGGCUUCCACCAGCUUACGUUUUUCCACGCGUACGAAAUAGUUCCCAAUUUUUAAAUGGAUGUGUUUCGGGGUCUAUCGGGUUAGUCAGUAAAAGUGGUUGCAUGAUGUCGGAAUUGUUUAUAGACGUUCUUAAACACAUUCAAAAUAACACAAAAUGUUCUAAAGAGGGACCGAUUCUUUUGCUUCUCGACAACCAUUCAUCUCACUGCAGCGUUGACUGCAUCAAUUAUUCACGGGAUAAUGGAAUACAUCUAUUGUCGUUUCCCCCUCAUACUUCGCACCGUCUCCAGCCACUAAACGUGUGUCCGCCAACAGGCGAACAGAAGUCGGCAGUUGGUCAUGAGAACAAUGCGAUGCACUGCAGGCAAAGCCACUGCAUUGCCACUGCCACAGCGUCCGCCCGUCUCAGCCGCAGCCAUCAACUUCCAGCGACAACACUGCCAGAACAGGCAGCGCAGCAGCAGCGUGGAAGAAUUCAAGUGGCAGAACAUAGUGGAUGGUGA